CCGAGAGCAGAGCGAUGUGCAGCUGAACCUGAAAGUUCCUGAAUCAAUACUGAGAGAGAAGCUUUGAAGAGAAGUCCUGCAACAACAAAAAGAUGUCAGUGGUCUCCUUUCGACCGCAUAGGAUGGAAAGAACACACUGCACUCACACACUCCGAUAGAACCUCACAGAAGAGCCACUGUGGUUCUCUUUGGGUAAUGCUGACAAACUACUGGAAACUACUGACUCUUAGCCCAAGAUGCCUGUGAUGAAGGGCCUCCUCGCUCCACAAAACACCUUCCUGGAAAGCAUUGCGAACCAUUUUGAUGGCACGCACAGUAACUUUCUACUGGGAAAUGCUCAGGGUCGCCAUGGUUACCCCAUUGUGUACUGCUCUGAUGGGUUUUGCGAGCUGACCGGCUUUGUUCGGAGUGAGGUAAUGCAGAAAACCUGUACCUGCAGCUUCCUCCACGGGGUUGAGACCAAUGAAAGUGCAAUCCAACAACUGGACAAAGCUCUGGAGGGACAGCGGGAGUACCAGGGAGAAGUCUGCUUCUACCGGAAAAAUGGAAACCCAUUUUGGUGCCUCCUGGAUAUUGUUCCAAUUAAAAAUGAGAAAAGUGAGGUGGUGCUGUUCCUGUUAUCCUUCAAAGACGUCACUGAAUCGCAUGGGAAAAGCUAUCACUACGGCCAAGGAGAAGGUACGUCAGAGGCUGCUUACCAAAGCAGGAAAAGCAACCAAUCUCACUUUUCCCAAGCUCGGGAGAGGGGACGGACCAUUCUGCACCACCUCACCAAGAGGGGCAAUAGGAAACUGACUGAUAGUGUGUUCCAGAAGCCGUCUCUACCUGAGUACAAAGUUGCGGCCGUGAAGAAGUCACGUUUCAUCCUGCUGCACUAUAGCAUCUCCAAGGCCCUGUGGGAUUGGCUCAUUCUACUGGCGACCUUCUACGUUGCUGUCACUGUGCCUUACGACGUCUGCUUUGCCAGUCACGACGAGGGCAGCGACCAUCACUCGCUCGGCAAUCACAGCACUAAAGGCAGUGACAUAGCCGUGGAGGUGCUCUUCAUACUUGAUAUUAUCCUGAAUUUCCGCACCACUUACGUGAGUCAGUCAGGUCAGGUGGUGUACGACGCCCGAUCCAUCUACCUCCAUUACUGCACCACCUGGUUCUUCGUGGAUCUGAUUGCAGCUUUGCCCUUCGACCUCCUCUAUGCUUUCAACAUCACUGUGACCUCGCUUGUGCAUUUGUUGAAGACGGUCCGUCUGCUGCGUCUGCUGCGCCUCUUGCAGAAAUUGGAUCGCUACUCUCAGUACAGCGCCGUGGUCCUGACCCUGCUCAUGUCUGUGUUUGCUCUGCUGGCUCACUGGAUGGCUUGUGUCUGGUACGUCAUCGGACGCAAAGAGAUAGAGAGUAGUGACCCCGUUACCUGGGACAUAGGCUGGCUUCAGGAGUUAGGAAAGCGUCUGGAGACCCCAUACGUCAACAGCACCAUGGGUGGUCCCUCCAUGCCGAGUGCCUAUAUCGCCUCGCUCUACUUCACCCUCAGCAGCCUCACAAGUGUCGGUUUUGGCAACGUGUGUGCCAAUACGGAUGCCGAGAAAGUCUUCUCCAUCUGCAUCAUGCUCAUGGGUGCCCUGAUGCAUGCAGUGGUCUUCGGCAAUGUGACAGCCAUCAUCCAGCGCAUGUACUCGCGGCGCUCGCUCUACCACACCCGAAUGAAGGAUCUGAAGGACUUCAUCCGUGUGCAUCGGUUACCUCAGCAGCUGAAGCAGAGGAUGCUGGAAUACUUUCAGGCCACCUGGUCAGUCAACAAUGGCAUCAACGCCAAUGAGUUGCUGCAUGACUUCCCAGACGAGCUGCGAGCUGACAUCGCCAUGCAUCUUAACAAAGACAUCCUGCAGCUGCCUGUGUUUGAGCGAGCAAGCAGAGGGUGUCUGCGCUCCCUCUCCCUGCACAUCAAGACCUCCUUCUGUGCACCAGGAGAAUACCUCAUCCGCCACGGAGAUGCCCUACAAGCCAACUAUUUCGUCUGCUCGGGUUCCCUGGAGGUUCUGAAAGACGGCAUGGUCAUAGCCAUUCUGGGCAAAGGUGACCUUAUCGGGGCUGAUCUCCCGGAACGUGACCAGGUGAUCAAGACAAAUGCAGAUGUGAAGGCACUGACCUACUGCGACUUGCAGUACAUCAGUGUCAAGGCAUUGAUGGAGGUCCUCAGGCUGUACCCAGAGUACGGCAGCCGCUUCAGCUCUGACAUCCACCACAACCUCACCUACAAUUUGAGAGAGGGCAGCAAAACUGAUGGAGUAGCAAGGUUCCCAUGGACACCCAGAUUGUCUCAGAGUCAUGUAUCUGUGGACCACAAGCUACCGUUCAUCAUUGAGGCAGAUGAUGCAGAACACGAGGACGGUAUGAGACACUCUCAGCAGAGAAUAGUGCCUCUGCUGCAGGGAAUGGGCAGCCCCGUCCAUCAGCCCUGUCUCAGCACCAUGUUGGGGGAGGAGCUCCGCCACAUUAACGCACUCCACCUCUGUCGGUCACCCAUCCAAGGCAGCAGAGGCAGCCCCUCUCCUCAGGCAUACAAAGAGAGAGAGGAGCUCUCUUUCUCUCCCUUGCCAAGUCUUACCACUGACACAGACUCGAACCAUCGGCCUGCCCAGCUGCUAAUGCCAUCCUUACCUUGUGUUAGUCCACUGGACCUUAGCCCCAGGGUCGUGGAUGGAAUUGAGGACAAUAGUUUCGCAUUUCAGUUUAAUGUUGAGCAGAGUGAAGCCAAGACGAAUGUAACAGACCGGUUACAAGCGAGUGCUAACCUGCUUCUGGAAACAGAGGAAGUGAGACAAAACAUAAGCAAGCUGAAUAAAGAGGUGAAUAACUUGAACCAAGAUGUCUCCAGCCUCGCCAAGGAGCUCCAUGACAUAAUGAAUUACCUACAGUCUCAUAUGGCCAUGCUCCAUUACACCUCUCCAGGCUCUUCACACUCCUGUGGAAUACAGAUGGCUCCCAGUCCUAAUGUUACUGCUUCCAGUGACUGGCAGCCCCACAUCCCUUUAAACAUUGCCACUGGACUGCACCUCCAUCAUGAAGCAAUUAGUCACCCUACCAGCAGCGUGUGGGGCUGCACUGGGAUGGCCUCCCAGGCUAGAAGUCCCACCUUGCUGCACUCAUCGAGCCGCAUGCCAUCCUGUCUACACUUGUGCUGCUCUGACAGAGAAGCGGCCUCAGCUCACAGGCUGCAGAGCCAGUGUAGCCCCUUCCAAACCUCCAGAACAACUCCAAACUCUCCUUACAUGAACCACUCACAUGGCCAAAGAUGUCCAUCCCUGUUGGGCCUCAGCUCUGCCUUCAGUAGCUUCCCGGUGGUUUGUCAGGCCCCACAUGCGGCCUACAAUGCCUCUGUUCCCACAAUGAGCAACACUCUUCCCAUAUGUUCCCCAGUAAAUUCUGGCUACACCCAUCCUUCUCUGGGUGUUCAAACAGCCUCUGACCCUACACAUAAUCAGACCAGGUCCCAGACACCCAUCCAUUCCUCUAUCACCCCCACCAGUCAGCCUCAGUAUCACACUGCCUUCAGCUCUCUCAACCCCUCAGGAGUCCACACAUCAAUAUGCACAGGGCACAUCCUGGGCCAACAGAGCUCUGUCAAUAGUCCCAGACAAAAUGACCCAGUAGGAUCCGUCCACCACACACAGCAGGACAUUGCAUGUUCUCUGCUGAACCAGGUAGCCGACAGGGGUUCCAGAGCUUCACUGUAUCAAGAGAGGACAGACAAUGUAGAAACCUAUGACAGCGAAUGAGUACUCCUACUCUAGAAGUUCAACCACCUCUCUUAGACAUGGAGGGAAUACAAAACCGACACUGAUGACGCCAGUAUCUUGUUGUGUUUUUGUGUGACAAUGAUAACUUUAUUUUACAUUUUGGUGUGAAGUUCCCA